AUGCGCAAGUUGCAGUUUGUGAAGGGUAAUACGGAUGACCAAGAGAGAAUUGACAAAUUGGGCGAAAACUGGUCGAAAAAGUAUCAUGUCGUGGACAAAUUCGCGAAUGGCGAUACCAACGGCUUUCUAGACACUGCAGCUGGAAUAACGCUCGCAGAUAAAGCAUGUACCUAUGCUCGGCAUCUAUGCGAGCAAGAAGGGGUCAAGUUCGUGUUGGGUGAACCUCGCGGCAAGUUGCAGGACUUGAUUCGAAUUGAAAACGGCACGAAUAAAAAGGUUACAGGCAUCAAGACUUGUGACGGUUUGGUCCAUCAAGCGGACCUCGUUAUCGUCGCUUGCGGCCCUUGGACUUCUGCUGUUAUUCCUGAAGCCCACAAGACAGUUGAAGCUACAAUGGGCACGGUCAUGUUUAUUGACAUCCCCGAGGAGAGGAAAGAUCUGAGAAAAAAGUUCCAUCCGGAUAAUAUGCCGCUCUGUUGGUACACUGACACCAUCGACAACGAUUAUGUCAAGAAUCAGCUUGAACGGAAGCAUGAUCAUUUCACGGAAUGGUGGAAAUGGCGCGCCGUCGAGGAAGGAAAGCCCUGUAAUGGUCUUGAAGAGGGCGAGUUCGGCCCUAGAGAGAUGUCAAAGUUGGAGUUGGCUAGAGCCUCUGAUUUCAAAUUCACGCAAUCAUCUCAAGCAGAAUAA